AUGGAUGUUUCUACUGAUUAUGCUGAUACAGAUGAGCAAGCUGCUGCUCUUCUAAUAGAGUUUGGAAAUCUUUCUACAGAAGAAAGACGUUUACUAGCUCAACCCGUUGUCGAGCAAAAUAAGGAACCUCUGGUCCAAGCUCUUGAAACACAAGAGGAAGAAAUCGUUGAGGAGAUCGUUCAAACUCCAAAUGAAGAAGAGGUAGUGAAAUCCCCUGUUGUCAGAAAAAAGGAAGCUCAAGAAAAGGAGGCUGAAGUUAGUCAGUCAGGGAUUAUCAGAUCUGAGGAGGAACCUUCAAAUGACAAAGAUGUCGAAGAAGAGAGUUCCUCAUCUGAGGGGGAACAUGAUCAAAAUGAUAGAACUGUCAAGCCACUACCAUUUUCCGAUAUUAAUGCUGGUAACCUCUAUGAAAAUAUUCUCAAUCCUCUUCACAGCAAGGGAAAUCUGUAUGAAAGAUUUCAGAGAGCAGAAAGGGAGCUAGAAGAAGAAGAGCGGAAUAAAACUAUAAAUGAGUCUGAGAAGGAUGAACCGGAGCAAUCCCUACAGAUUCACACCGAAGUUAACCCCAUUCAAAGCAUGGAAGAAAAUUCAGAAGAUAAUUCAUCCAACGAAGGAUCUUCUGCUGAUGGUACAAUGCUUCUAAAGUCGAUGACUUCUCUGCUUACCUCUCUUCAGACGAAUAUGAUAACCAUGGGAUCAAAUAUGGUAAAGAUUUCGAAGACCCAAAAAGAGGACAGAAAAGAAUUUUCUGAAUGUGUCAAAAUCCUUAAAGAGUUGGAUAAUAUACUGAAGAAGAAUACACAAAUCAAUCUUGAUAAUCAUCGUGAGAUCAUGGAAUCAAUGGAAUUAUUCAAGAAUAAGAUGAUUGAAAUUCAAGGUAGCCUAAGAAGAUCUGAUAGUGAAAGGUUGGAGUAUGCCAACUCCAUUGCAAGGAAAUUUCAAGAGAAAGAAAAUGCGAAAGCUACUGCUGAAAAAGAACAGACUCGUAUCACUCAAGGUGAGCCCAGUAGAAGAGGUGACAGUGUAUCAACCGACACCAGAUCUAAGCGAGCGUCAAUAAACGAUGAAAAUCCAAGGCCAACUAAAAGAGGUGGAGGUCGAAGCGGUGGUGAUCGCGCAGGCCGAAGUAGUAGUGGUGGUCAUGGUGGACAAUCUGGUAAUGAUCAAGGAGGUCGUGCUAGUGGCGGUGAUCGAGGUGGGAGAUCAAGUGGAAGCGGUCGUGGUGGUCGCACUCUUCCUCCUUUUCGCAAUUUGCUAACCGGUCAAAGAUGA